AUGCAUUUGUUCAAAUUUCAGGAAUUUAUCGACUGGGUGGACGGUGGAUGUUACAUAAACUGGUGCGACAAUGCAUCACUUCGAGGUGCUAAAAGGCAAUCAAUCGGUGUGACCUUUGCCGGCCUCCAGUCUAGACAGCGCACAGAGUCUGACGUGGGGGACAUAACGCUGCCCUCGCCACCGCAAGCCUCCUCACCCCCCGGCACCACAUUCCUUCCCCCUCCUCCUCCCUCCCCCAAGGAGCAGGCAUUCUUCUGGCGAGUAGUCGACGAAGAUGUCACCCCGGCACUGGACUUUGCCGACUCGGCCAUCUCCAAGUCACUCUGGAUAUCGCUCAGUCAUCUUGGAGUCGACAUGGAGCCCUUAUCCGCCUCGGACACACCCCUCGAUGAAUGCUGUCCGCUUGUGCCAAGUCACAAUGUCAAAUUCAGUCUCAAACUCCUUGUAAGAUUUGUAGUGCACAAUGACGGAUCGACUACACGGGAGUGUUACAACAUAUCAGCUUAUGCACGUCAACGGAUUGCCGCGGUGGCUGACCUGUUCCAGUACCUCACGCUUAUUCGACGAGGUCUGACAGGAACCCCCACCACUCCAACCAACCAGUCCCCUUCGAACUCCCUCAAGCUCGGGUCGAGAACAAGUUCGACUUCGGACCCUGUAAUUGAUCAAACACGCCGGCACCAGUUUGAGAACGUUCAACGACGCCGCCUGGCUGUUACAUUAUCUCGCCUCGGCUAUGGUCUGCCUCUUAUGGAGUAA